AUGGCCUCUUCACGCGGAAACUCGGACCAGUCAGCUUCCCUCAUGUCUCAAGACGGACAGCCCAUAGACUGGACCAGCGUACUGAGUGGGAGCAUCACAUUCUCUGUCGACGUACUAUCACGAUUAUCACAAGCUGGUAUCGAAGGAUUCACUCUCUGCGCUGCCAGGGCAAUCUUUUCCAACGUCAAGCUGGGUCCAAAUGGUGAAUUGCGUCUCCACCGAGCCCUCGAUAGACUCGGUGCUUUCCCGUCUUUUGGGAAAGCGCUAUGGUUUGGUUUCGGGGUGAAGCAUAUCAUAUGGAGUAUGCAGGAGUCUAAAGAAGGCCUGAACUGUCUUGGAAUCUGUGCCUGCUUGACAGAGGGAUUCUCCACAAUUGACGCUGCAAGGGUUAUAAGAGAGCUUUUCCUUCUAUAUAAUCCGCCGGCUGAGCUUACCCCUACGUUGAUGCAGUGGGUCGCUCUAGUUGAAUCUUCAGGGGGGCUGCUCGCCUCGUCGGAGUUUGGCUUGGUAUUACAUGGUCUUACGAAGCUUUGCCUGGUAGACGGCCAAACUUGCCGACAGGGUUCAGGAUCACCAAAAGACAUUGCCUUAGUGUUGAAAGAAGUCUUUGAAGUCUCGGCGGGACGCCUCGACCGUCUUUUCGUGUCGGGUGGAGCAGGUUGCGCUUGGAUUGCCUCUAUAGCCCAUUGGCUUCUGGACCUCCGAGUGGAGGUCCAAGACCAGAAUGGCACGAUUAUCUAUCGACCUGACGGCACUCGAAGUGAAUCCUCUUCAGAUUCUCAGCUUAUCAUCACUUAUUAUCGAGGGCAUUCAAGCGAGUUGCUUCGAGUUAACAGAAAGUGCUAUGUUAUUCCUACCGGGGAGGGACUAUUCGGUCAUUCGGAAGAUACAUAUAUCAUUUCCUGUGGCCGAGUUUCAUGGGAGACCUGUCUGGUUGAUACUUUUGGUGGCCCUAUGAGGUUCCUUCUGCAGACUCAAGCUCGGAGCGCUGGGGCUUGCUUGGGCUCUGCCGCGCGCAUAUUUCUGGCUUUCUUGAGAGAUGGCGAGGGCCAUUCGAAACCUUUAACGGCAGAGGGUUCUUCGCCAAUAUCAGAAUCCAGCUAUGGGAGGGGUUUUCAUCUACUAGCUCGUCGCCUUCUUCCAGAGCUUGGACAGAACCCAGUAUUACACCAGGCGAUGGAGGAGGCUAUGAACAAAGGAUACUUAGACGCUGCGAAACGGUUUACUCAAUCUUUUACUUCCUUGGGUCAGCUAUGUUCAUGCAUGGACUGCCGCCCAUAUGCGGAUAAUGAGAGACAGUACACCGACUUCUGCUUGCCCACAUUGAUACUCACUAUUUGUACCCUCGUCAGAGUUAUGUCGACUAUCAACAUGCAACAACAUCUUGGAGUACAGCCGACACGCUCUGGUUUAGAGAGCCUAUACUGGCUUCAGAAAAAGUUUACUACCGGCCUAAGAGACACGGACAACGACCUGGCUGGCAUCGACUUACUUGGAUACUGGCCUAAGCAUACUCUGGUGUUGGCCCAGAUACUUUUCACGGGACGACAACAUGAUAGAGUUUGGGGCAGUCACUCUGUCGUUGCAGUUUCGCACAGUGGGCUUUGUUUCUAUCUCAAUCCUGUGACGGAGAUCACAUCUGACCCUCAGAGAGCAUGUCUCCUGACCGUUGUUCCUGGUAAGAUCGCAUGGAACAACUUUAUGUACGACAUGGUAUAUGAUCAAAACCCAGAAAAGACUUCUACCGGCAAGUCCAGUGGCUACGAUGCACUCUCCAUGACGGCUAUAACGACGUAUGACGACCUAGCUGAUAGUUCGAGUCAUGGUCUCGAUGCCGAACUCAUUAUUGAGGAGGUGUUUCCAGAAAGCGCCAGGCUUUCUGCCAUCUACCGGGUUUCAACCCCAGCAUUCCCAGGCCGACGUUUCUCGGUAGGGGCUGCAGAAAUUUGGGAGUGGCUCAACUAUGCUUUCACGGCUGCAAGUUGUGAGGGCAAGACGUGUGAGUCGCUCAAUGGGUUCCAAUCUCUUCUUGUCGAAGGCGAAGGGUAUCUUCUUCCGACACCAGAUUGGCGGACGACAUGUCUCCCUAUCAUGCGAGUAUUGUCUACAAACGAUGUUUCAGUAUGGAUUGCUCUUACACAACAUUAUCUUCCGACAUCCGUCAAUGUGGUCGAUGAGAGGCCAGUGUCCUUAUUAUGUAGGCUACAGGGCAAGCAAUGUAUUAGGUGUUGCAUGGUGAAUACAGAAGUCGCAAAGGUGAGUUCAGACCGACGUGAUAAGUGUUCUGUAUGUAUUAUCACUUCAGUAUAA